AUGGAAAUGCCGAGGACGGCGGGAAGUCGACGUAAAGAUUAUAAUAAGACAGGCCCUACGGAAUCCCUUCCUUUUCGUUUCGAGACCGGGCUCGCCCUCUAUGCGAAGAGGACGCCGAGGCCCUUCCCUCCCCCAUUUCUGUCCCCUCCGUCGGGUUCUUUUUCGGAUCCACUGAGCACCCAUCACAUGAGUCGCGAUAGGCGCACAUUUGUCAAUGGAGAACUUAUUCGAGGUCUUACGAAUGGCGACGAUGCGGUGUAUGUCAGUGACAUGUUCAUUGGCGCCAAUGAUGGCGUGGGCGCGUGGUCAACAAGACCCGGGGGACAUGCUGGGCUUUGGUCCAGAUUGAUCUUGCAUUUUUGGGCCCUCGAGAUAGAGGCUGACGCCCAGCGGAUACGGCCUGCUGGCCAAAGAUAUGAGCCUAACCCCAUAGAAUACCUCCAAAAAGCGUACGAGCAGACGAUCGAAGCAACCUCAAAGCCGAAUAAAUGGCAGGGAACAACUACGGCUACCGGGGCACAACUUCACUAUCAGAAGGCGGAUUCAGACCCGAAUGCACCUGCGACGCCAUUACUGUAUGUCACAAACCUUGGCGAUUCCCAAGUCCUCGUCCUCAGACCCCACGACUCGGAACUUAUUUACAAGACCAAGGAACAGUGGCAUUGGUUUGACUGCCCACGACAGCUGGGGACGAACAGUCCAGAUACUCCUCGCAAGAAUGCCGUCAUGGAUAAGGUCAGUAUAAAGGAGAACGACGUGGUACUAGCGAUGUCAGAUGGGGUUAUAGACAAUUUAUGGGAGCAUGAAAUUAUUGAGUGUGUUGUCAGCAGCAUACGCAAAUGGGAGAGUGGCGAGGGAGGGCCGAGCACUGGAGAUCGUACGGGUGGUGCCGGGGGAGGCAUGAAGUUCGUGGCCGAUGAAUUAGUGAGAGCUGCAAAGGUGAUUGCAACAGAUCCCUUCGCCGAAAGCCCCUUUAUGGAGCAUGCGGUCGAAGAAGGCUUGGCUAUGGAAGGCGCACACAUCACCAUGAGAGGCAAACGAUCAAAACAAUACCGGAAGCUCAUGCAGCAAUACGGGCUGAGCUUUGGAUUCCGCGAGCCGUACCAAGUGAUCCUCGAUGCGGAAAUUAUCAGAACGGCGGAUAGAUUUAAGAUGGAUCUUGUGGCGGGGCUGGAACGGACAUUGCAAGGACAAGUUAAGCCCAUGAUAACUCAAUGCUCGAUGCGGCACCUAUACGCAGCGUCCAAGGAGCCCGGCAUGGCCGCGGUCAUCGACCAAGCGAAGACAUACGAGCGGCGGCGCUGCAACCACCUCCCAGAAGACUACCCCGAACCGCUCAGCACGAAAGAAUGCCUCUCAUCAGUAGUGGACCCGAAAGGGAACAAGACGAAUAAACAUCGCUAUGUGGUGGCGAGCCAGGAGCUGGAGGUGCGGAAAUUGAUGCGGGGCGUGAUGGGGGUGCCGCUGGUAUAUAUCAAUAGGAGCGUGAUGAUCAUGGAGCCGAUGGCGGGAGCAACGGCGGAGAAUCGCGAGCGGGAGGAGAGGCAGAAGUUUCGGGAUGGGCUGAAGGGAGGGAGAGGGAGUGGGAGCUUGAAGAGGAAGAGGGAAGAAGAUGAAGCUGGGGAAAAGGGGGCGGAGGGCGAGACUACUGGAGAACCGAAGAAGACGAAGAAAAGAAAAGGCCCCAAAGGUCCGAAUCCCUUGUCGGUAAAGAAACCAAAGAAGAGGCCGGAGCAGGCGGGAGAGGGAUCAGAACCUAACGCGAAGCCGAAACGUAGACGGAAGCAUAAGUCAAGCGCAGCCAAGACUGGCGUGUCUACAGAUGCUACAGAUGCCGCGGGGGAAGAUGAUGGGGAUGAUUGA